GGCUUCGACGGUGGAACCCUGAGCUCCCCAGCAGCGCCGAGGCCCCCCCGCGGCCCUUGCGCAGGCGCGGCAGCGGCAGCAAGAUGGCGGAGGAGCAGCCGAAGAGGCGGAUCCCGCUGGUGCCCGAGAACUUGCUGAAGAAGAGGAAGGCCUACCAGGCCAUCAAGGCCACCCAGGCCAAGCAGGCGCUGCUCAGCAAGCAGAAGCACCAGAAGGGGAAACAAAUCCAGUUUAAACGCCUUGAGGCUUUUGUUCGAGAUUCAUGGUGCAAACACCGAGACAACGUCCGGCUGAGGCGCAUGGAGCAGAGGCCUGGCCAGGUGGCUGUGGCUGUACCUCAGGAGCACAAACUGGCCUUUGUGGUGCGGAUUGUAGAUAUUAAGGGAGUGAGUAGGAGAGUAAAAAGAGUGAUUGAGUUGCUGCGGCUGAAGAAAAACUUCACUGGAACAUUUGUGAAGCUGACACCUUUAUCCCUGAAGAUGCUGCGGAUUGUGGAGCCUUACGUGGCGUGGGGACACCCUAACCUGAAAUCUGUACGAGAGCUCAUCUUGAAACGAGGCCAAGCCAAGAUUAAGAGAAAGAGAAUGCCUCUGACAGACAAUAUGCUGAUAGAGAAGCAUUUAGGGGACUGCGGUAUUAUUUGCCUGGAAGACCUUAUUCAUGAAAUCUACUCAGCUGGGAAAAAUUUCAAGAGAGUCACAAACUUUCUGUGGCCAUUCCAUCUGUCAGUGGCUCGUCAUGCUUCACGUAACAAAGUGGGUUUCCUCAAGGAAAUGGGCAAGCCUGGCUGCAGAGGUGAAGCAAUCAACAAGCUCAUACGUCAGCUGAACUAGUGAGGGUCUUUGUGAAAACUUCAGGAUGUAUACCCUGUUCCUUGUCACAUGUUGUUUUCAUGGACAUUAUCUCUAUGCAGUGAUUUACUGUAACUCUUGACUGUUGGUGCCUCUAAAAAAUAUAUUUUAACAAAAUGCACAGAUGAUAAUGGAGAUGGGCUGGUCCUUCUUAAGAAGAAAAAUAGUAUUUGGUACAAGAAAGAAGUGACUUGAACUUCCUGGAACAAUCUGACUUCUGCAUCUCUGUGAAACAAGUGGUUUUUUUACUAAUUUCUGAUGGCUUUGUACCAGUUGCCUCCUGAUCUCAUCUUUGGUAUAAAACAGUAAUUGUCAGUUCCUGAUUUAAAUUUCUGUUAGGGUUGACUUUGCACCCACUGCUUUGAGCCUGUCCCUGCCAGAGGAAGUGCUUGAAGGAGCACUCCUUGAGGUGCACCUCAUUCUAGGUGAAAAGGGGUAAGUGCAGCAGUCACUUGUUAAAAAAUAUUGCUGACAGGCAGGAGAAAGUAGGUCUGUUACUGCAGUAUUUAGACUGUAUUUAAAAAAAAAACACAACACAAUUUUGUCCUGAUCUACCAGUCUGCCUUUUCACUUUGCUAAUUUGGGACUGCUGGAAAUAACUAUCUCCUGGUUUGAAAACCCAGAAACUUUGUAAUACAGCAGCAGAGUACAUGUAAUCAAUGUUUUUUAUAAAUAAACUUUUGAAAUUAUA